AUCACAGACCGAUGGGAAGCAACGCGAGAUCAGUUUGCCUGAAAGUAUUCGUGGACAAAAAGAAGAAAAAAGUGAUGUUUGCGGAAGCAGAUCAAGACUUUGUCGAAAUUCUCUUCAGUUUUCUCACUUUGCCGCUGGGAAAAAUCGCAAGACUCUCGAUCAAUCACGAGGACGAAAAGAAUGUAAAAGUUGGAAGCUUGACGUCUCUAUACGAAAGUGUUGUGAAUCUUGACAUCGAGCGUUUCUCCAACGAGGAGUGUAAAGUUGCGUUGGUUAAUCCAAGAAAUUCAUCGGCUGAUCUUUGUCAGAAACUGAAAGUAAAUCUAAACGAGAUGAAGCCAACCAUCGAUGAUUCUAACGACGAUGAUCAUGGUGAUGCGGUGUUGAUAAAAGAGAAGGGAUCGUUCCUCAUCACGGAUGAUCUCAACAUUAUACCCGUCUUGCUCGACAGAGGCAUCGAACUCUUUAACACUCUUGGUGUCGAUUACAUUGAUUUGCUAGAUGAGAGAACUGUCGUAUUCGGCUUGGAAGAGUUUUCAAAUCUACUCAAGUGGUCAUUGUUAACAAAUAAUCCAUUGACGAAUCUCGUUCUUGGAGGAAGUAAAACGUUCCCGUGUUCAUCGUGCAUCACGAAUUCGACACCAAGUAGUUCACAUUUGCCGUCAAGUGAAUCGGUCCAGCCUCAGACGAUGAAACUACUCGUCCAGAAAUCAAAGAAGAAGGUCUUAUGUGCACAAGUCGAGAAGUUUUUUAUAGAACUGCUCUUCAGCUUUCUAACGAUCCCGUUGGGCGCUGUAAAACGUUUAACGAUGGAUAAUUCUUCUCCGAUGGCUAUAGAUAAUCUGUACAAUAGUAUUUCGAGUUUAGGAGAUKGWAACUACUUGAAAUCUGAGGAUGUCAAGACCAUGUUACUUUCCCCGACGAUUGCAGCUAAUUAUCUUCGUGUGACGGAUUUUCUGCCUAUUUACGCAGCAAAUACACGGUUAGGUAGUUUCACGAAGGAGCAACCAACAUUCAUCGUCUCGGAUGAUCUCGAAGUAUCGCUCCCACCAUCUAUUUCUACGAUUUCAAAAUUCAACACUCUUGGCAUUCCUGUUGGUGAUAUUGAGGUUCUGGAAGUGAGCAUCGGUGAACAAGAGGCACUUUCGAUUCUAAAAGCUUCUCUCACUUCGACAUCAACUUUAACCGAUUGCCUCUAUGCAUUUACGAAGGCAUAA